GGUUGACUUGAACUGCUGCCUCGCUCCGUGGACGUUUGCAAGCAAGAUGGCGCCUCCCAGCAAGCGAGCGAAGAAGGAUGAAGGUGCGACCAAUGCGGACGGCGCUGAGCCCGCGUUCCAGAUGCGCAACCCGUCGCACAUCAAGAACAAGAUGAAGCGCCAGCUCGUGAUGCAGAAGUACCGCAAGGAGAAGAAGGAGGCCAAGAAGGCGGCGCAGCUCAAGCGUCGACGCGAGGCGGAGGAGAUGGGCGAGGAGGCGCCGCCCAAGAUGGAGCCGCGCACCAUCGACAACACGCGUGAGAAGGAGGUCACGAUGGUCAGUAGCGAAGGCGACGAGGAGAUCGAGGCCGACGAGCGCGACGACGAGUUCGCCAGCAUCUUUGCGAACGAGGAGACGCCCAAGCUCAUGAUCACCACGCGCCCGUUCCCGUCGGGCGAGCUGUACCACUUCAUCAAGGACCUCAUGGACUUGCUGCCCAACUCGUUCUACUACAAGCGCGGCACGUUCGACAUCAAGGAGAUUGUGCAGUUCGCCACCAACAAGAAGUUCACGCACCUCGUUGUGCUCUCGGAGAAGAGCAAGAUCUGCAAUGGCAUGCUUGUGAGCCGUCUGCCCGAGGGUCCGACGGCGUUCUUCAAGGUGUCCAACGUCAAGCUUACAUCCAGCAUCAAGGAGCGCGGUCGGCGCACGAACCACCAGCCCGAGCUGAUUCUCAACAACUUCUCGACGCGCCUGGGUCACCGCGUGGGCCGCUUCCUGGGCUCGCUGUUCGAGCACCAGCCCGAGUUUGAGGGCCACCAGGUCGUGACGUUCCACAACCAGCGUGACUUUAUCUUCGUACGACACCACCGCUACACGUUCGAGAACGAGAAGAAGGCGCGUCUGCAGGAGAUCGGCCCGCGCUUCACGAUGAAGCUGCGAUGGCUGCAGCAGGGCACGUUCGACACCAAGUUUGGCGAGUACGAGUGGAUCCACAAGCAGCACCAGCUCGACACGUCCCGCCGGAAAUUCCACCUUUAAGCAGCAUGCGCUAUCCAUUUACUCAAUCGACAAACGUACCCCAACACCGUUUCAGUUAGAGCCUUCUUUACGUUACGUGUUGGCAUGCGCGGCCCGCACCGAGAUUAAAGUGCUGCUUCGCUAUGAAGCGAUCUGGUGGUGCAGGCCACCGCCCGAGGCCGGUUUUAAACACACAGACCACCUGGCGAUUUGCAACGUACGCGCGAUCCAAUCCUUCCCGACCGUCCGUUUGGAGCCGAAGGGAGCUCGUGCUCGACACCUUCGCCUUGAAGGCUUCCGCUUCGUGUCUGCAACUUGUCCAGCAGCAAGUCAGUGUGGUUGCUGUGCUUCUAGCAAUAGUGACGUGGCAAACUUGGCUGGGACGGUGACGGCAGCGUGUCCUACCUGGCCGCACGUCUACACCGCAUAUCGCAUCUUCCUUCUUCGGCUUCGGGAACAUGGCGCAAGUGGCGCGAUGAAUGUAAGACGCAAGAAGACCAGGAGUAAAGUGCAAAGAAAGAUGUUUCUCUUCAACCGUUUAAAAUAUAAUC